AUGACCCACAAAAUAAACAUAAACAAUUGCGCCAUAUUCACCACAAGUACUUGUCCUUACUUUUUGAACCCAAAAUGGCCAAUCUCUAACACCACUACUCAUUUAAUGGAAGACACAGUCGAUGGAUCCGUUGACUUCAAAGGUCGACCAGUCCUCCGAUCAAGCUCCGGCCGUUGGAGAUCAGCUUCUUUCAUCAUAGCUGUGGAGAUGGCGGAGAGAUUUGCGUAUUAUGGGAUAUCUUCCAACCUAAUAACUUACCUAACGGGUUCUCUUGGACAGUCCACCGCCACUGCAGCUGAGAAUGUGAACACUUGGUCCGGCACCGCUACGCUUCUGCCGCUUUUGGGAGCGUUUGUGGCGGAUUCUUUUCUUGGCCGUUACCGUACUAUUAUUGCUGCAUCUCUCAUCUACGUCUUGGGACUAGGCUUGUUGACUAUAUCAGCAGCCCUAAUUUCUAUUGACAUUUCUGAUUUUGAGAACACCAAAAAUGGAACACUAUAUUCUCCUCCUUGGUUUCAAGUAAUCUUGUUCUACUUUUCUCUAUAUCUGGUAGCUGUUGGGCAAGGUGGCCAUAAACCUUGUGUUCAGGCUUUUGGAGCUGAUCAAUUUGAUGGGCAAGAUCCAAAGGAGAGUAUAGAAAAGAGCUCAUUUUUCAAUUGGUGGACUUGUUGCUUAUCUUUGGGCAUUUUGAUAUCACUUGUAGUUGUGAUUUACAUCCAAGAAAACAUUAAUUGGGUUCUUGGAUUUGGAAUCCCCUGCAUUGUGAUGUUAGCUGCACUAGUUGUUUUCUUGCUUGGAAGUAAAACUUACAGAUACAGCAUUAAGGGAAGUGAGAUUAAUCCAUUUAUACGAAUUGGUAGAGUAAUUUUUAGAGAAGUUAGGUAUUGGAGAAGUAAUGCUACAGGCAUGGCUAGAAAGGACGAAGUUUACUCGUGUGAUCAAAGUUCUGAGCAAUUCAAGUUACUCAACAAAGCACUGCUAGAACCAAAUGGUUUAAUGGACGAUGAAGAGGUGUGCAAUGUGAGGGAUGUGGAAGAAGCCAAGGGAUUGGUGAGGCUUAUUCCAAUAUGGGCUACAAGCUUGAGUUAUGCAAUUGUGUAUGCACAAGGCUCAACUUUAUUCACAAAGCAAGGAGUUACAAUGGACAGAACAAUUUUCCCAGGAUUUCAAAUUCCUUCAGCUUCACUUCAAAUUGUUAUACCCUUUGCCAUUGUUCUCUUCACUCCAAUCUAUGAUCGCAUUUUUGUCCCUCUAGCCAGAUCAUUAACUGGGAAUUCCUCUGGCAUUUCAAAGCUUCAACGAAUAGGAAUUGGAAUGUUUGUAUCUGCCCUUUCUAUGGUAGUUGCAGCUACAGUUGAGAAGAAAAGGCUUGAAACUGCUAGAGAAUAUGGGAUGGUUGAUCUGCCAAAUGCAACAAUACCAAUGAGAUUUUGGUGGUUGGUUCCUCAGUACUUGCUAUUUGGUGUUGCUGAUGUGUUCAUCUUAAUUGGACUUCAAGAAUUUUUCUAUGAUCAAGUUCCAAAGGAUUUGAGAAGUAUGGGUCUCUCAUUGUACCUUAGUGGGAUUGGUGUUGGGAGCUUUCUAAGCAGCUUUCUUGUUUCUGUUAUUGACAAAGCAACAGAUGGAGAUGGGAAAGAGAGCUGGUUUUGUAACAAUCUCAAUAGGGCACAUCUUGAUUAUUUCUAUUGGCUACUUGCUGCAAUUAGUACAGCAGGAUUCAUCUUGUACUUGAAUUUUGCUAGAUCAUACAUUUAUAGAUAGCAAACUAGAAAUUCAUGUUGGAUUGAAAUUGCCUGGCAGGGACUAGGCUUGUUGACUAUAUCAGCAGCCCUAAUUUCUAUUGACAUUUCUGAUUUUGAGAACACCAAAAAUGGAACACUAUAUUCUCCUCCUUGGUUUCAAGUAAUCUUGUUCUACUUUUCUCUAUAUCUGGUAGCUGUUGGGCAAGGUGGCCAUAAACCUUGUGUUCAGGCUUUUGGAGCUGAUCAAUUUGAUGGGCAAGAUCCAAAGGAGAGUAUAGAAAAGAGCUCAUUUUUCAAUUGGUGGACUUGUUGCUUAUCUUUGGGCAUUUUGAUAUCACUUGUAGUUGUGAUUUACAUCCAAGAAAACAUUAAUUGGGUUCUUGGAUUUGGAAUCCCCUGCAUUGUGAUGUUAGCUGCACUAGUUGUUUUCUUGCUUGGAAGUAAAACUUACAGAUACAGCAUUAAGGGAAGUGAGAUAAAUCCAUUUAUAAGAAUUGGUAGAGUAAUUUUUAGAGAAGUAAGGUAUUGGAGAAGUAAUGUUACAGGCAUGGCUAGAAAGGACGAAGUUUACUCGUGUGAUCAAAGUUCUGAGCAAUUCAAGUUACUCAACAAAGCACUGCUAGAAUCAAAUGGUCUAAUGGACGAUGAAGAGGUGUGCAAUGUGAGGGAUGUGGAAGAAGCCAAGGGAUUGUUGAGACUUAUUCCAAUAUGGGCUACAAGCUUGAGUUAUGCAAUUGUGUAUGCACAAGGCUCAACUUUAUUCACAAAGCAAGGAGUUACAAUGGACAGAACAAUUUUCCCAGGAUUUCAAAUUCCUGCAGCUUCACUUCAAAUUGUUAUACCCUUUGCCAUUGUUCUCUUCACUCCAAUCUAUGAUCGCAUUUUUGUCCCUCUAGCCAGAUCAUUAACUGGGAAUUCCUCUGGCAUUUCAAAGCUUCAACGAAUAGGAAUUGGAAUGUUUGUAUCUGCUCUUUCUAUGGUAGUUGCAGCUACAGUUGAGAAGAAAAGGCUUGAAACUGCUAGAGAAUAUGGGAUGGUUGAUCUGCCAAAUGCAACAAUACCAAUGAGAUUUUGGUGGUUGGUUCCUCAGUACUUGCUAUUUGGUGUUGCUGAUGUGUUCAUCUUAAUUGGACUUCAAGAAUUUUUCUAUGAUCAAGUUCCAAAGGAUUUGAGAAGUAUGGGUCUCUCAUUGUACCUUAGUGGGAUUGGUGUUGGGAGCUUUCUAAGCAGCUUUCUUGUUUCUGUUAUUGACAAAGCAACAGAUGGAGAUGGGAAAGAGAGCUGGUUUUGUAACAAUCUCAAUAGGGCACAUCUUGAUUAUUUCUAUUGGCUACUUGCUGCAAUUAGUGCAGCAGGAUUUAUCUUGUACUUGAAUUUUGCUAGAUCAUACAUUUAUAGAUAGCAAACUAGAAAGUAGAUGUGUUCUUACAAGUUUACCACUGUUAUUGAAAACUACCAUGAAGCCAUUUGAUGAAAACUCAAUUGGAUUGCUUCAAUUAAAGUCUU